UCAUGGGGCUGAAGGCUGCCCAGAAGAACCUUUUCCCUCUCCGCUCCAUUGAUGAUGUGGUGAGACUCUUUGCUGCCGAGUUGAAUCGGGAGGAGCCUGACUUGGUGCUGCUGUCCCUGGUCCUGGGCUUCGUGGAGCACUUCUUAGCAGUCAACCGGGUGAUCCCCACCAAUGUGCCAGAGCUCACCUUCCAGCCCAGCCCGGCCCCUGACCCCCCAGGGGGCCUCACCUACUUCCCAGUGGCUGACCUCUCCAUCAUCGCAGCCCUCUAUGCCCGCUUCACUGCCCAGAUCCGAGGCGCCGUGGACCUGUCUCUGUACCCUCGAGAGGGUGGUGUUUCCAGCCGAGAGCUAGUGAAGAAGGUCUCAGAUGUCAUAUGGAACAGCCUCAGCCGUUCCUACUUCAAGGACCGGGCUCACAUCCAGUCCCUCUUCAGCUUCAUCACAGGCUUUCUGGAUGUAGGUACCAAGCUGGACAGUUCCGGGGUGGCCUUUGCAGUGGUUGGGGCCUGCCAGGCCUUGGGCCUCCGAGAUGUCCACCUGGCCCUGUCUGAGGACCACGCCUGGGUUGUGUUUGGCCCUGACGGAGAGCAGACGGCCGAGGUCACAUGGCACGGGAAAGGCAACGAGGACCGACGGGGACAGACUGUGAACGCCGGUGUAGCCGAACGAAGCUGGUUGUACCUGAAGGGGUCCUACCUGCGCUGCGACCGAAAGAUGGAGGUGGCCUUCAUGGUGUGUGCUAUCAACCCCUCCAUCGACCUGCACACUGAUUCUCUGGAGCUGCUCCAGCUGCAGCAGAAACUUCUCUGGUUGCUGUAUGACUUGGGACACUUGGAAAGGUACCCAAUGGCUCUGGGUAACCUGGCUGACCUGGAGGAACUGGAACCAACACCUGGCAGGCCAGACCCUCUCACCAUCUACCAUAAGGGCAUUGCCUCUGCCAAGACCUACUAUCGGGACGAGCACAUCUACCCCUACAUGUACCUGGCUGGCUACCACUGCCGCAAUCGCAACGUCCGAGAAGCCCUGCAGGCUUGGGCCGACACCGCCACCGUCAUCCAGGACUACAAUUAUUGCCGGGAGGAUGAGGAGAUUUACAAGGAAUUCUUCGAAGUGGCCAACGAUGUGGUCCCCAACCUGCUGAAGGAGGCUGCAGCCCUGGCAGAGUCCGGGGAGGACCGGGGUGGAGACCAUGCCCAGGGCUCCCCAGCCCAGGGCUCAGCCCUGCAGGACCCCGAGUGCUUCGCCCACCUCCUGCGCUUCUACGAUGGCAUCUGCAAGUGGGAGGAGGGCAGCCCCACGCCCGUGCUGCACGUGGGCUGGGCCACCUUCCUGGUACAGUCCUUGGGCCGCUUCGAGGGGCAGGUCCGGCAGAAGGUCCGAAUCGUGAGCCGGGAGGCGGAGACAGCAGAGACGGAGGAGCCGUGGGGCGAGGAGGCCCGGGAGGGCCGCCGGAGGGGGCCCCGCAGAGAGUCCAAGCCCGAGGAGCCUCCGCCCCCCAAGAAGCCCGCCCCGGACAAGAACGUGGCCAGGAGACCUGGUGUGGUGGCGGGGGCCCCCAAGGGUCCCGAGGGCGGGGGCCCCGCGCCCGCGGCGCCCCCCCCAGCCUCGCCGCCCCCAGAGGGCCCGGUGCUCACGUUCCAGAGCGAGAAGAUGAAGGGCAUGAAGGAGCUGCUGGUGGCCACCAAGAUCAACUCGAGCGCCAUCAAGCUGCAGCUCACGGCGCAGUCCCAGGUGCAGAUGAAGAAGCAGAAGGUGUCAGCGCCCAGUGACUACAGCCUGUCCUUCCUCAAGCGGCAGCGCAAGGGGCUCUGAGCCGCG